CACCGUUAUCGCCUACAUCAUCGACACCCCCCAGACGAGCUCGACGGACGUGGUGCCGCCUAGGAACCUGGUCUUGGAUGUGGCCAGAGCCAGUGUAGAGACGCAAUGCCUUUUCACGCCAUGAAAGCACAAAACAACGCCGUGCCACACUUAAAACAGUUGACAGAUGAUGAUCACCUCAUCGAGCGGCAUAAAAAGGAGCUGGAGAAAUUUGGCUAUCGCCGACAAAGACCCGGGCAGCCCCGGCUUUGACCACAAAGCUAUGUAGUGUUACUAGCUUGCUGUUUGCUCUCUUGUUUGAAAGCCAUUUGUCACAAUGUUUGCAUCCUUCACUUCAGCGGUUAUUGCAAUCCGUCAAGUGUUGGGUGUACAGCAUCAACGGCCCUCCUGCAUAUUGCAGCAAAGUGUCCGCGGUCCAUUUUCGUCUCACUGCUUUCUUUUUGCAUUUCCUACCAUGUAUCCAUGGUUUGUCUUGCCGAGUACCACUGAGCCUCAUCACCAAGCCCGGCUAACGGUCAAGCCGCCGCGUUAGAUCCCAUUCUCGGGACCAAUACGCACUAUAAGGUUGCCGAACCCCCCAAGAAAGCCCGAUACCCUCAGAGCGCCGGAAAAUAAUCCCCAAAUCAAGGAAACCGGAGGAUACUUACCCCAAAGCUUCUCGAGGCUCUCGGCGAAGUACACAGAAAGCUUCGGGAUGAGAGUUACAACACGUCAAUCCAUCCACCAGGUCAAUUCGGACUGUGAUCGCCAGGAUAUGGCCGCAGGGACGCUCCCUGGAAUGGACAAACUGCGCCGCUUGUGCGGAACGGUCACUGAAAGUUCUAGGUUUGGAGAGGCCUUGCUUACAGGAUACCUCAUACCCGGCGAGGUAGGAUCUAUGGGCAUGGCUUAGAU